ACGGGCCCUGUUUGUCUAGGACGCUGUUGCAUUUGUUUUCUAAAGUUUUUUUCCCACAGGGCGGAAAAAUGGCGUCCAUAGAGAGACUCGGAUACGUCACUUUGGCUCCAUAAUAAACUCGGAACAAGCACAGAUUCUUGGGCAGGCGGUUCUAUUUGUUCUCAACUUAAUCCCGAAGUGUUGAAGAAUAUCCAAGAAUGCUUUGUCGAACUGCAAACGCAAGUCAAACUCAAAUUUCUGCUAUCCUUCUUCCAGUUCUCAAGGAGGAAUUUAGAAGAGUGGAAAACAGAAUUAGAAGAAAUACUGGAGGUGGCUGUUGUUGAUGGUGAUCCUUGGGUGGCGAUGGUGGCUGAAAUCCUCAAAACAUACCCGGCCACUGGAGCCCUCAACAUGGAAAUUGGUUCUGCCACAGAUGAGUACACUAGAAAAAUAUUCAACGAUCUGGCAAAUGAUCUUCGAAAACUUGUGAAAAAACAUGGAGAAACUGGAAUGCUUCCUUUGGAAUGCCCAUACUUGAACAAAACAGCGCUGUUCACUGUGGUUGGUCAACAGUCUCAUCCAAUUAAACAUUUUACGCUUAAGAGGAAACCAAAGUCAGCGGCGCUCCGUGCCGAACUGUUACAGAAAUCCACAGAUGCCCAAAAUAACUUGAAAAAGAAUCCUGCCCCUACAGUUCCACUACGUUCACGAGGAAUUCCACGGAAAAUGACUGACACAACUCCGUUGAAAGGAAUUCCUAGCCGACAUAUAGGAGGAUUCGCAUCGCCACUUUCCCGGGCGGGAUCUACGCCCACUAGCGUUGGUGCAUUAGGCUCAUCUCCAUCCGCUGGCCCAAACCGUCCGUCCCCCCGAACUCUAGCUGGCAGGAAAGAUGGUGGCAUCAAACUGCUCGAUAUCACCGAGCAGCCAAUCGGAUUUGCCCAAGCCAAAAAGCGAAAGCGACAACAAGAGUUGGAAGCUGCACAGAAAGCAGCCACUGAGUCACAGGCUACUCCCCCGAAUCCAUCACAGCCUUUAUCAGGUGAAGAAUCCGAGACAGGAAGUGUCACGGAAACUCCCGAGAAAGUUACCCCGACACCGGAUUAUGCGGCUGGCCUACUCCCAAGCAAUCCGCCACCCACGCCGGCAACCCCUGUCACACCUUUGGCCUCCACGUCCAUCCCUCCUCUUACACCUUUGAAAGAGCCGCCUCGAAUGGCAGCCGUACGCCCUCCGGCUGCCCCGUCAAUCAGCUCUUUACCUUCAGGUUCGCUUGCUUCACCUGCUCAAGUAGUCAGGCUUGUCACAAGCCAACCACCGGCUGCGACAUCAGCUGCCGCGACCGUGCCCACCGUUUACCGAUUAGUCCAACCUGCAGCUACUGCUGGACAACCUAUUGCAACAACGACGUCGAGUAAUCAACCGGCAGCUCCACCAAAGAAGAGCGUAGCAUUAAUGCUCACGCGUGAGCAAAUGCAGGAAGCCCAAGAAAUGUUCAAAAACGCCAACAAAGUCACGCGGCCAGAAAAAGCUCUGAUUCUGGGUUUCAUGGCAGGUUCUCGAGAAAAUCCUUGUCCUCAUCUCGGAAAUAUCGUCACCAUCAAAUUGAGCGAGGACGAAGAGAUUGUAACGGCUAGUGAUGGCAUUACCACCACCAGAGUCGUCGAGACGCAUUUCCAGAUGAACUACGCCGCCGGUGAAUGGAAGCGCAUUAAAAAGAUGAGGAAAAUGGAAGACACACCUGCCUCAGUCGCUACGGUCUUAGCAACGGCGACGGGCUAGUUUGGAACGGUUUUCGUCUUAGUAGUCGAAGGGACUUGAUCUUCUGUAAAUAGCAGGAUGAAUGUUACAACGCAGACGCGAGUAUUGAAGAGUGCGGAAGAAAAAGUAGGCCUAUUAUUUCCCCUUUUCCCACCUAUGUUGUUGCGACUGUGGGGCGCGAAGUUUCCUUAAUAUGUCGGUGCCAAAGUCAAUUCAACGUUUCCUCCUCCACCCCAAUUCUAUUUUGCACAUUAUUUUCUCUUCUGUAUGAAAUUAGUCCCAUCCCAAUCUUCCCUGUUUCACUUCUUCUUCCACUCUCUUCGUGUGCCCGUGGUCCGCAUCUCACGAACCAAGCUGAAGCCUUAAAGGCGUUCGUACUAUUCAGUAUCUCAGCAUUUGAAAAUUGUUCAUUUUUCAAAGUACAGUUUUUUGUAGUUCUCAUACACACAGAUUCAUAUGCA